CCCGAUAAGCUUUGCGGUAUUUUAAACAAGUGCGCGAGCAGGGCGACUUUCCGCUGCUGUCAUUCUGAUAACGGCAACGCGCGACUGGACAUAACAAAUGGUUGUACAUAUAUAUUUAUUGAAGAUUCAUAUGAAUGUCACAUUUCCCAACACUCAAAUAGUGUCGCUAUUCCUCCAUAUUUGACGUUUUAACCGAGCAUGACACAACAGUGAUAACAAUGAAGUGCCUGAGAACAGAGGACUAUGUCCAGCAGUUAUCUUGUGUGAAAGACACUGUAGUCCUUCACAACGAGCUUAAGAAACAAGUGGAUGAUGGGCUUGGUCCUUAUGGUCGCACAAUGUGCGAUCGUAUCAUUCGGGCAUGCAACCAACGUCUGGCCAGUGGGAAUCUGGACCCUGCCCAUCAAGAGCGGAUAGUGGAGUUGGUGGAACUGGCCAUUCUAGGGUUUGAAUUGCUCGAAGAGUCCGGAAUGCAGAGCAACCCAUUUUAUCUCGAGAAAAUAGUCUUCCACAUCCUACAGAAGGUCUCUAGCCUUGGAGCUCAUGGCCCUGCUUGUCGAUUAGGCCAACUCAUGUAUAGAAGACUGAAGCGUUUGUCUGCAGAGACUGAUGACUUCCAUGUUCUGGUGCGGAAUUGCUUUGCAGUGCUGUGGAACAGUCUCCUGUCUAACAGAGCGAGUGGGUCCACCCUCCCUCCACGGGACAGACUUCACUGUCAACUGCAAGCUUUAACCUUCAAACUCCUAGAACAAGGGUCCAGCUCAGCCUGUUUCCCAUCCAAAGUCCCUCUGUUUGUAGAGGAAGCAGUAGUGGAGUUUGAACGAUCGUGUGGGUGUUUUACUUAUGACGAUGUGAGUUUUCUGACCUCUGAAUUACGAGAACUGUUCUUUGGCCCUUUCAUCAAUCCACAAGACUCUGCGCUGACCUGUAACUCGCUGGCUGUGCGGUGUGAGGUGGUGUUUAAAGUGUGUAAACUGCUCUGUAAGAGUCGAUUUUCAGCCGAGGCUGUUGGACUGUUGCGUGGCACCCUGGAAGGGGUUGAUGAUCAUGUGGGUUUGCGUUCGGCUCUGAGUCUUGCAGAUUGCACAGUGCAGCUGCAGUGUGCGUUAAGCUCAGGAGGCGAAUGCAGUAAGGCUUUCACCGAAUGUGCACGUGCACUCAGGGUGCUGCCCCGUGCCGUGUCGGCUCCAGAAUUUCAUGCCCUAUUAGAGGCUUGUCAGCUAGUGGUUUGGUCGUUGGAAGCUGGUCAGUGUAAAGGGAUGGAUUUAACCACAUUGUUGGCUUGCUUUUCCUUUUUGGAAGAAUAUCAGGAACUUCUGCUUGCCCAGCAAAAGGACUCGUUUUCGCAGCAGGUGCAGUACUCCCUUUGUUUCAGCUUUUACCAGGGCUUUAUUAGCACAUACGAUAGUCUUCACGCAUCCCAGGUGUCAGUGGGCGAUUGUCUGGACAGGGUGCUGUUGUACUGCCAGGCGACUGUGGGACGCAUGCUUGCUGAACUGCGAACACUCAACAAUGACAAUUUCUUACUUAAAGGAGUGUGUGCGGUGAAUAAUGUGGUGUAUGAGCUGUUUAACAGGAAGCUGUAUGAGGGAGCCUUUGGUUUGGCUGUGAUUGUGUGUCAGGAGCUGUGUAAGGACUGCCCACCCUCUCUUCCUCUGGAUAGGGUAAAUCGCUGUUUCAUGCUGACGGUGCAGUGUAGCCGGCGUGGAGGUCAGCUGGAGCGAGCUCUAGACUGGAUAGUGCGCUGGAUUCGGAUUUUGGGCACGCAGAUUUUUGAUCAUCUUGCAGAACCUGUGUCGCUGUGGGUCAAAACAAAGUGUGAUGCUGCCCGAGCAGGAGAGGAUGACACACGCCUGAGGACUCUGAGGGAUGGGUUGGGAGAAGCAUUUAAGGAUGAGGAGGUGCUGAUGUGUUUGUUAGAAGAGGAGUUGCGCGUGUAUAAGGAGCAGACUGGAGACACAGCGCAGGAGCGCUACAACACACUCUGUGACCUCUUGGAUAUCUGCCAUGAAGAAACACCACACACACUGAGACGGGCUACUUAUCUGUGUGAGAUGGCACAGGUUGUGUGCUACCAGGACUUCAGCCAACAGACUGACUGCUCAGCAGUUGACUUUACCCAUGAGGCUUUGCGUUUGCUGGAGGCAGAGCCAGAGACAGCAGAGAAUGCUGAUAGGUUGAAGGAUGAGAAGGCACAUGCCUGCUUGUGGCUCUACAUCUGCACUCUUGAGUCCAACCUGCAGGAGGCUGUGGACACAGAGAAGCGAUUGCGUGCAGUGCAGGAAGAGAAUAAAACAGAGCUGAAUAUGGACCCCGUUCCCACUAAUGAUUUAGAGUAUGAGGACAAACAGAAAUCACAAGAGAGCCAGUUAGUCUAUGAUGGACUACGCUUCAAUCUACUUGCUCACAGCAAGUUAAGUGAGCCUUUGGAUAGAGGUUUGUCUUUAUGGCGGAGUCUGCUCAGGGGGUCUGUGCCUGCAGUUAGAGACCCUAAACACACUGCUUAUUCCAUGACACUGAUGGCUGCCCUCUACACACUUAUGGGCAAACACCUGCAAGCUCUGGAGGCAUAUCAGCUCGCUGCGGCCCUUUUCCGUAGCCUCGGUGAUGCCCAGAAUAGUGCGAAUGCCUUCUGCCACUCUACCAGGAUCUUGCUGUAUCUGGGCUCCCCUCAGCUUGCACAGGUGGAAUUACAAAAAGCAGAACAGAGUUUGACUUCUGUCCUGAGCUCUGAGGGCUCAUCUGUUAUAUCCAUGCUGGCUAUGCUGCAGAAAGCACAGAUACACUAUGCUUUAGGACAGCUGGAGCGUGGUGUGUGCUGUCUGAUGGAGGUGAUUAAGGAGUCCGCUCAGCAUCAUUCUAAGAGCUGGUACCUGCUCAGGGCACGAGCACUGCAGACAGCCAGUGAAUACUUGAGUCUGGACACACAGGCUUUGGACUCACAGUUACGUCAGAGCAUCACUCAGCAUGGUCUGAAGACUCCUGACACGGCUCAAUAUGAAGCGUUGAAGCUGUUGUGCAGCCUGGUGAUGAUGUUGCUGGGCAAUGGGUUUUACGGAGCCCCUGGACAAAACACAGACACUCGCUUUGUAGACCAAGGAGACAGUGUUGUUUUUAAAUGGCUGUUGCUGAGUGAGGUGCUGGUGUCCUCAGAGAGAAUGGUGAUCGUGAGGAGCAGCAGUGGAGCCAUUCAUGAAGCUAAAGCUCAAUGUCUAGAGGCUCUCAAACUGGCCACCAAACUGCAGACACUCAGCCACUGUGCUGAGUUGUUGGUGUUGAAAGCAGAACUGGAGUUGAUGAAGGGCGCAACUGAAGCUAGCAGUUUGGACCUGGAGCAAGUUAGAAACUUACUUGAUCUCUGUACAGAUUUUGGCCAGGGGCAACAGCAGAAGUCUGACGUGAAAAUUAAACCACGCAAAGGUCGGCCAGCUGCCCCUUCUUCCUCUGGACAAACCCUUGAGGAAGAUGAUGAUCUGAGUGGAAUUCUUAGCUCUCGUGCCCUUCUUAAGGAACCUGUGGAGGCCAUGUCUAGAUUAGGAAGCCAAGGAGCAUCUCCCCCUCUGAAGCCCAAACGCCAGCGUGGGCUUUCCUGCCUGACCCACGCAGAGAGCUGCUCCUGUCCCUGCUGCAGUGAGCUUAGUGUGGCUCGAGUCAGCAUCCACUGGGCGCUAUUACAGGCCGAGCUCCAGACAGACCCUGAGCACUCCCGCCGACUACGCCAAUCUGCCAGAAAACGCUGCCGCAGUGUCACAGCUAAGCUCCAAAGCAGUUUGGCAGCUCUUGUGUGCUCUAAAAAGGCAGCUGGACUAUGUCUGUCGCAGCUCCAGGUGGAACGGGGCAAAAUGCAUUUGGGUGCUGUACUUCAGCUCCUCAGAACAGGAAACAAAGGGAAAGAUACAGUCCUUUGGGAGGAAAUAGAGGCAGGAUUGGAGGCAGUGACGAACAAAGUGGCACUGAAACCAGAGCUUGGGCCCAUCAGAGCUGCUCUACUGGGGGCUAAAGCGGGCUGCUGCUUGGCAUUAGCCAUGAAGAAACAGUGUACACCUGAAGAACUAUUUUAUUCUGUAUGGGACUGGAAUCCACCGAAAAGUAAACCACAAUUAAAACUUAAAUCUGAAUCAAAGCAUCGAUCCAAGAGCCCAGUUUCUGUAAUAACUCCUCCAGAGGCAGGUGUUAAACACCACCCUGACAUUAAGAGUGGAUCUGCAGACCAUGAAAGCAGGAAAACCAAAGAUACCUCUGGUUCAAAGAAAGCUAAAGACUUGGCACCCAAAAUUACUAUCACAAAAUCCUCCAUGAUUUUCAAAACUCCCAAAGCAACAAGGACAUCCCGGUCCAAAUCUGUCUCCACAAGCACUGGUGUUAGUGACUUAAGAGCGUUUGACUUCACUAAUGAGGUGCCUGAAAUUUCUGUCAACUUCACCCCGUCACUAAACACAUCUGCCAGCCAUCGUGGGAUUACAAAGUCAAAAGUUGCUUCAAAGGGAUCAUUCGAAGUUUACAAAGAUUCUUCUCCUGCAGAAGAGAAACACGUGGUCGUGCCAGCUGCGCCUAAACGAAACAUGCGUUCUCGCUUUAAGGUCGAGUUCAGUGAUGAAAGUGACGCUGAAGCCGCACCUCCUCCUGUAGUGGAAAAGUCUGAGAAAAAGCGAAACGCCUGCAACUCUAAAACAUCUCGCACCCUGAAACCAAGUGACGCCAAAGUUGUGAACCCCACUGUAGAACCAGAACCUCCCCGACGGUCACGGACCGCUAAGCAAAGCACAGCACUCCCCUCUACCAGCUGUCUCUCUUCUGAGGAAGAAACUGCUGUAUCGUCCCAGACACGCACACGCAGAGGACGAUCAAAAAAGAGUCAAAGUUCAGAGGUCACAGAAGAGCCAGAGAAGAUGAGGAUGAUUAAAGAGGAUGAAGAUGAGGUUCUUUUGGAUGUCAGUUUGGAGGAGCUCAGAGGGUCCGACUCAGAGAUAAAUGACACAGGCAGCCCAGAUGCUGAUUGUGAGGUCUUGAGGAGAGAUCUGGCUGCAGAUGUUGGGCGAGAGUGUUUCAGUGAGCUCAGAAGAACUGGACAAAAUGGCUCUGGAUCUCACACAACUCUACAACAUGCAUCUACACCUCUAGCUGACCUGUCCAUAGAGGUGGUCCAGUCGUACCUGCGUUCCUCUUGGCUUCUUCUCCAUCACUUCCCACCUCCCUCACUUUAUCCCCACAUCUGCUCACUUCUUGCUCAGUCACUCGGCCAGACUGAUCCCAUCACCACAGCAAUGCUACAUGCACAGUCGCUGGGUGUGUCCACUCGCCACCAUAUGACCCGUCAUGUGGUUAGUCAGUUCAGGAAGCUAAAGAAAUCUUGUAAUGAUGUAGCGGAAGGUCUUGGCGCUCUGAGUCUGGAGGAAACGUCCGGGGCGACGCAGUCUCAGAAACUCUCUGCGCUGGAGCAGAUCUUUUCCUUCGCCUCAUCACACCCAACACAGUUCCCACAGACACACUGUCAGCAGUUCACACAGCAGAUGAAAGAUCUGCCAGCAGGAAUAACAGUGUGCAUGCUGUCACUUGCGGGGGUGUAUCCUGAUGAAAUUGGCAGCACUAUUCUUCUGACACGACUGGAGCGCGGCUCUACCCCAAUCACUGUUCGAAUCCCUACUGCAAACGGAGAGCGCUCUGUUGCCAUGCUGCUGGAAGAAAUGGAUGGAGUCUUGAAGGGACAAAAAGAAGUGAGCAUGGUGGCUGAGAAAUCACAGUGGUGGGAAGGAAGAAAGGCAUUGGAUGCCCGCGUGGAGAAAAUGCUCGAGGAGAUGGAAGAGGCUUUAGGGGUGUGGCGAGCUUUACUCCUACCUUUAUCCUCUGACCCUGAGCUUGAAGUUCAGGUGAAGUGCUUCCAAAAGGCACUAAAAGGAACAAAGAUCACACAGGACAUUCUCAGGGUGGUUCUCUCAGCAUCUCCACUCCUGUCCCUGCCAGACCUGCAGUGUCUUGUGGAGGGGAUGGGUCAGCAGGACAAAGACUUCCUGAGGCUUCUGCAGUGCGGUAUUACUAAACUGAGAGGAAGGGAGGAACCACAGGGACAUACAGUUCUGAUCUUAGACAAGUACAUGCAAAGGUUGCCGUGGGAGAACAUUGCUUGUCUGAAGACUCGUUCUGUCACUCGUAUGCCCUCAUUACAUGCAGUACUUGGACACGGUCAUCUGAAAGAGAUGGAUUCGAGUUGUGUUCUGUCCUCUGGUGUGAACCCUAAGAAAGUUUACUAUGUGCUAAACCCAGAUGGAAACCUACCUGACACUGAGAAUCGCUUUAAAGACUGGUUUACUGGUGAGCGAGGAUGGCAGGGGGUUUGUGGAACUGCUCCUGAUCCAGAUAAACUACAUGAGGCUGUGACCACCAAAGACCUCUACAUUUACAUAGGACAUGGUGCAGGUGCCCGUUUUCUGGAUGCUCAGAGGGUUUUGAAAGGGCCUGUGCGGGCAGCAGCUCUUCUGUUUGGCUGCAGUAGUGCUGCUCUCAGUGUUCUUGGCCAUCAGGAGGGAACAGGGAUCAUCCUCAGCUAUCUGACUGCAGGAUGCCCGUUAGUGCUCGGUAACCUGUGGGAUGUCACCGAUCGUGAUUUAGAUCGCUUCACGUCAGCUCUGCUCCAGUCCUGGCUCUCUUCUGGGUCUGGCUCCUCCCUUCUUCAGCAUUUAGCCCAAUCACGUAAUGCCACACAUUUAAAACAUAUAAUUGGUGCUGCGCCCAUUGCAUAUGGCUUGCCUGUGCAUAUUCACUAGCCCAGAUUUUUUAAACUUUUAUUAUUCACAGCUAAUAUAGUGUUUUUUUUAAAUGUAAAAAUGCAGAUAUCUCUUAAAGGUCAAAUAUAAUUCUCAGGGCUUGUUUACAAUGCAAAGAAUAAGAUCUACCUUUAUGAAAACGAAUCUAGGAAAUCUAGGACUAAAUCUAACCUGUGCUUAGGAGCUUGAAGUGUUUUGCCAUUUUAAAGUCCUCCCAUAAUGAUUUGCCGUGUUUUGUGGUUGUAAUUGCUGAUUUAGUUUGCUCAUACCUCAAGAUGUUUUACUAAAGCCUUUGUCAAUUUUGAUGUAUAAGUCCUUUCUUGUACAUUUUUUGUAUCACAUUUUAUUUCCUGUUUUUUAAAUUAUAUCAAAUGCCAAACCACUUUAAAAUAAAAUGAUUUUUAUAAUGUA